AAAAGAGUCCGAACGCUUCUGACGCAGGAGCAGGCCGAGGUACUUCAAAGUAUCCUGGCUCAGACCCCUUUCCCCUCAACAAGCGUCAGAGAAGCUGCUGCGCGAGAGCUGGGCAUCUCGCCGAGGAAAGUGCAAGUGUGGUUUCAAAAUGUGCGACAAAAGCACAGA